AGAAAAACAAAAAAGAAAUAGUAGUCAUUUUUAUAUUCUUGCAAGUGAUCAAAACGGCAAGGGCUCGCAAAUAAGUAAAAGGAGAAGAAACGAAAAACAAAGGGCUUUUCUUGGCCAACCUACAACCUCUCUUAGAUUGAGAUUCGCGGCCACUGCAAAAGCACCGCUGUGCCACUUCAGAGCUCCAUUUCCGUUUCUGAAUCAAUUGGAGAAUCAUGGCCAGCAAAGCUGAAGGUGAUCACGAAUCAAUAAAUGAACAAGCAGUUGUAAAUGCAUACAGUGGUAUGAGAUCCGAACUGAAUCAAAUUUACUCAAAAGUCACUGAACUUGAGAUGGAAGUGAGCGAGCAUUCUCUGGUCAUUAAUGCUAUUCAACCACUUGACCCAUCGAGGCGGUGCUACCGAAUGAUUGGAGGUGUACUGGUUGAGAGAACCAUCAAAGAGGUCCUGCCUGCUGUCCAACGCAAUAAAGAUGGAAUUGAGGAGGUAAUAGCAAGGCUGAAUGAGGCUUUGGAAAAGAAGAAAAAAGAUAUUGCUGAGUUUGAAGCUAAAUACAAAAUCAGGAUAAGAAAGCCUGAGAGCGAAGUGAAGGAUGAUGGUGGCAAAAAAGAAGGUUCUUCUCAAGGGGUUCUUGUGGGUCCUGCAAGUUCAUGCGAAUGAUCCUUCUUUACAGUAUCUCAGAUCCGUUUGAUAGCAAUCGACUUUUUAUUGUGGUGAUAUGAACUGUGUCAAUCGUGAUUGUAGACUAGGUGAUAUUGCUGAAACCAGAGAUUGUGUUGAUCCUUUUUUGAAUGACAGGACUACUACUUGUGUACCA